AUGCAAUUUGUUUUCACCCUCUUCGCGCUGCUUGCUCUGGUCCCGAGCCUGCUCGGGAAACCCAUCUCGGACGCAAAGUCUCUUGACUCACUGAAAGCGCAAGGCCCUGCCAAAUCAAGCACUAGAAGCUUCUCUGCGGCUCUUGCGCCUGCUACAGCGACUUCAGGCCCCUUACUUGAGUCUAUCGAGCCAGACGAUGGCGUCGAAGCUUUCAUUGCCACCCUCUUCAGGCUAUCCGUCCAGGGUAUUGCCUUCGACAAAACAAUUGCAGCCACCCAGUUUGACAAGAGCAUGAUCCCAGUCAUCCAGGCCCAGGGCCAGGCUAUCUUCAAUACCAACGCGGAGGCAACCCGCCAGGCGAGCGCCUUGGGUUAUCUGAAUCCUCUCGACUCCAGCCGGGUGACUGGCACGGUUGUGCCAUUGGGACCGGUUUUUACGCACUUGGUUAUGACGAUUGCCGAACAGAAAGCAACUCUUUGCGCGAUGCAAUACUGCAAGCAGAUGCACGAUUGGUUGGGCGAGCUUCGAGUUCGAGCACUAGGGCUGGAUGUUGCAGUUAACAGCAUUGUCACGGUUGCUGAUGCGGCUGUGAUUGAGUCCGUUUGGCAGGCUUUGGAUCGAGAGUUUCCGGCUAUUUUGACGGAGUAUCAUGGGCCUUAUGUCUGA